AUGUAUUAACAGUCUUACCAGAAGCUUUUGAGCUCUCUCCCUAUUUAAACCCAACUCUCAUUUGUUCAUACCAUCAUCAUCAUCACCACCUCUCUCUCUCUCUCUCCUUUUCUCUCUCUUGUCCACAUUGUGUUAAGAAAAUGGGUGGUUUUAGUUUCAGCAGUCUCACAUUCAUGAUUCUGGUUGGUUUUCUGGUGUGGUCAUCAAAUUUUGAAGCUUGCAUUGGUGGAAGGGGUAGACACUGGAAGCACCAGAACAAAGGAGCCUCAUCUUUGUACAAUAAAAAGAAAGGCAAGGGCCACAGCAGCCACAACAACCAUCAUGGUGGUUCAUCAAAGCCAAAGUCUCCGCCACCUCCGCCGCAUUACAAAGCAGCUCCGCCGCCGCCGCCGACUACUGUCAAGCCCGGUGGCGACACUCCGCCGUCGAGUCCACCCAAAAAUAAAGGUUACAACAAUGGUCAUCAGUCAUCAACCUUUAACGUUAUUGAUUUUGGUGCCAAAGGUGAUGGAAGUACGGACGAUACCAAGGCAUUCCAAGCUGCAUGGGCAGCUGCUUGUAAGGUCGAGGCAUCAACACUCCUUGUGCCUGCUAAAUAUGAAUUCUUUGUUGGGCCCAUCGAAUUUUCUGGCCCAUAUUGUGAGCCCAACAUUGUCUUUCAGCUGGAUGGCACAAUCAUAGCCCCAACAGACCCCAAAGCAUGGGGAAAAGGUCUAUUCCAAUGGCUUUUAUUCUCAAAGCUAAGAGGAAUCACAGUUCAAGGGAAUGGAAUUUUAGAAGGAAAAGGGUCAGUUUGGUGGCAAGAGGCCUCUCUUUAUGAUGAUCCUGCAGAUGAUGAAUUAAAGCUCAUUAUCCCAUUAAACAGCACAGUACAUCUACUCCCACCUGUCCCGAUAAGAAGCAAGCUUAGUGCGAAAAUGCCAAGCAUCAAACCAACGGCCCUGAGAUUUUAUGGGAGCUUUAAUGUGACAGUCACGGGGAUAACAAUCCAGAACAGUCCUCAGUGCCACCUCAAGUUUGACAACUGCGUUGGGGUGUUGGUCCAUGACAUGAGUGUGUCAUCUCCCGGUGAUAGUGCGAAUACGGAUGGAAUUCACCUGCAAAACUCCAAAGAUGUGUUAAUCCACACCACCACUCUCGCCUGUGGAGACGACUGCAUUUCAAUUCAAACUGGAUGCUCAAAUAUAUACGUACACAAUGUGAACUGCGGACCAGGUCACGGAAUCAGCAUUGGAAGUCUAGGCAGGUAUAACACCAAAGCUUGUGUCUCUAACAUCACCAUCCGAGAUGUCAUGAUGCACAACACAAUGAAUGGUGUCAGAAUCAAGACUUGGCAGGGUGGAUUAGGCUCUGUCCAGGGAGUUCUGUUUUCAAACAUCCAAGUUUCUGAAGUUCAACUUCCAAUUGUGAUCGACCAAUUUUAUUGUGACAAAAGUAACUGUAAGAACCAGUCAUCAGCUGUGGCUGUAUCAGGAAUCACCUAUGAGAGAAUAAGAGGGACCUAUACAGUAAAACCUGUACACUUCGCCUGCAGUGACAAUCUACCAUGCAUAGAUGUGACGCUAAAUUCCAUACAGCUUAAGCCAAUACAAGAACGGUAUCACAUGUAUGAUCCCUUCUGCUGGCAGACUUUCGGAGAGUUGAGGACUCCUACUGUCCCACCAAUUGAUUGUUUACAGAUGGGAAAGCCUUCAAGCAACCGACUUCAAUCUGAUCAUGAUACAUGUUGAGAAUCUAUACAAAGUAUCAUCUGAAUGGUGUAUUCUCUUGUGUGGUCGGCAUGAUUUUCCUGACCCCUUUCAACACCAAAUCGAGUUAGAUUUUUAAGCAUGUAUAGUUUGUCAGGUAGUCCUAGUUUGUAGGGAGUUACUUAUUAGUAGGGUAUUACAUUGCCAUUAUGAGAGAGCAUACAGAAUUUCCUUUUUAGCUGGAUAAGUAAGUUAUAGUAGUUAUAAAGUAUAAAGCCAUUGUUUAUUGUUAUGGCAUAUUGCUUGAGUGACAUAUAUUAUUAUACGAGUGGUUGCAUCUAAGUUUGAAAUAAAAGGUUCCAUAUCUA